AUGGCAACCCGCCGCCUGCGCUCGCGCGCCCAGAUUAAUGCUGACCUGCAAAGCCAACCCACCUCUGCGAGCUCGCGCCCGCGCCGUGCAGCUGCUGCUCCCACCUCCGCCACCAUCGAGCGCACCUCGCCUGAGGAGACGCGCCAGUCCAUCCACCUCACCGUCAAGGCCGCCCCCAGCAAGCUCCGCGAAGCUACCAGCGGCACCAGCCAGCCCCGCAGGGGCGCCGGGAACUCGCGCAACAGCUUCGUCGGUGGCGAGAUCGUCGUCGGCCAGCGCAGCUCCCGGAACAAGAAGACCAUUAUUGAGGACACGUCGGAGGAGGAGCUUGACGAGGAUGAGCUGGACGACGACGAUGUCGAGGAGGACGACGACGAUGAAGACAUGGCCGACGACGCCGACGCCGACGCCGACGAGGACGUAGACAUGGAGGACUUACCUGCUCCGCCCCCUCCAGCUGCCAAGGGGAGAGGGAAGCAGCAGCAGAAGCCGAGCAUCAAGGUCUCACAAGCGGACCGGGAGGUCCCAAGCGUGGAAGCUAAGGAGAUGGCCAUGGAGGAUGACCAGAGCGAGGACGACGAGCUUUCGGAGCUAGACUCCGCAGACGAGCAAGACGAUGAGGAUAUCGAGGAAGAUGAUGCCGAGGGCGAGGACGACGAGCUGGACGACGAAAUGGACAGCGACGAGGAGACGCCAAUGUCCGGCAGUCGAGCAGGCACACCAGACCUCAGCAAGCUCACCAGGCGCCAACGGGCGGCUUUCGAAACCUACGAGGGCGAAUUGAUUUCUCUAUCGAAUGAAGCGCAAAAGAAGAAGCACCUGACUGCCGAGGAGCAUGCCAUGCGGAGAGCCGAAAUGGCUCGUCGCAGGAAGAAUCUCAGCGAGAAACGCAACGAAGAGGAAAAGAUGGACACGAUCAACCGUCUUCUCAAGAAGCAAGCCCCGAAGCGCCGUGGAAAAGCACAGAUCGACGCCGACGCCGCCGGCGAAGAGCAGGAAAUAGAAGAGGAACGCGCCCCGGCUCUAUGGGUUCGCUAUAUCCAGACUGCUGAGAGCAGCCAGAUUGCGGUGCCUCACGACUGGGUUGAGUCUCCCCUCGGAGAGCUGAUGACCAAGUCAAGGCCUGCGACAGUGAAGACGCCUUUUGCGGGGAGAAUGGUCCAAGAGGUUGCAUAA